AUGUCCAAUAGGGAUAAUAGAAGUUUCACUACUCCUAGUUCACCUUCGAGGUCCACUACAAAUUUGAAUCCUCCUCCUAUAAUUCAACAAUCUCCAAGGAGGAAAAAAGUCAUUUAUAGUGAUAGAUACAUUCCAAAUAGAACAGGUGUUGACCUUCAGGCUGCUUUCUCAUUGAGUAAUGAAGAACUAGGUACAAGAAGACCGAAUACAACAGGAAGUGCAAAUGAUCUUGAAUAUAGAAAAGAAGAGGAAGCUAAUAGAACUUUUAAUACCGUGCUCAAGAAUGAACUAUUUGGAGAUAAUGUCCCUUUCUCAUCACCAAGCUCAUCAUCAAGACAAAAACAAUCAGAACAGUCAUCAAAUUCAAGUACCCAAAUAACUCCACCAAGAUCUUCAAAUGAAAACUCCAACUCAUCAACUUCAAAUAUUCAAAAAACUCCAAGACAAUCAACAAAUCUAUUUUCAUAUCAAUCACCAAACAAGAGUAGGCCAACCUCAACAUCAAUUGAAAAUGAUUUGUACUCUUUAUCACCAGUGAGAAUAGAUUCUCAAAAAUUAUUAUUAUCACCAACAAAGAAACCAAGAGCAAUUGCUAAAGUACCCUAUAGAGUAUUAGAUGCUCCAGAAUUAGUUGAUGAUUUCUAUCUAAACUUAUUAGACUGGGGGUCACAAGAUAUAUUAGGUGUUGGAUUAGGCUCAUCAGUGUAUCUUUGGAAUGCUUCAUCAGGUUCAGUGGAUAAAUUAUGUGAUUUAGGAAAUCAUGACAAAAUUACAAGUUUAUCAUGGAUAGGUGCUGGUACACAUAUCGCUGUUGGAACAAAUACUGGUGCAGUACAGAUCUGGGAUGCUACAACUUCAAAAUGUACAAGAACUAUGACUGGUCAUACUUCAAGAGCUUCAUCAUUAAGUUGGAAUGAACAUAUACUAAGUUCAGGUUCAAGAGAUCGAACAAUAUUACAUAGAGAUGUUAGACAAGCUGAACAUUAUAUGAAGGUUAUAAAUUAUCAUAAACAAGAAGUUUGUGGAUUGAAAUGGAAUGUUGAAGAAAAUAAAUUAGCCUCUGGAGGUAAUGAUAAUAAAUUGUAUGUUUGGGAUGGAUUAAAUGAUACACCAUUACAUAAAUUUGAACACAAUGCAGCUAUCAAAGCUCUUAGUUGGUCUCCACAUCAAAGAGGUGUAUUGGCAAGUGGUGGUGGUACUUCAGAUCGUCGUAUCAAGAUAUGGAAUGUUUUAAAUGGACAAAAAUUGAGUGAUAUUGAUACUGGUUCACAGGUUUGUAAUUUAUGCUGGUCAAUUAAUUCUGUUGAAUUGGUAUCUACCCAUGGAUAUUCUAAAAAUCAAGUCAUGAUUUGGAAAUAUCCUCAAAUGUCACAAGUUGCUUCAUUAACUGGUCAUACUUAUAGAGUUUUAUAUCUAUCUUUAAGUCCAGAUGGACAAACUGUUGUCACAGGAUCUGGUGAUGAAACCCUAAGAUUUUGGAACGUUUUUGAAAAAAAUAAAAAUGAUAGUGGUCCACAAUCUGUUUUACUGGAUGCUUUUAUGCAAUUAAGGUGA